CUUUUCUUUUCUAUUUCUUCCCUCUUCUGCUCCUCAAAAGCUUAACAUCUUAUAUAUUAGGGUAUGCACAAGUAGGUUGGUUCACUGCAAAUCCGGCAGAUCUGCUCUAUCUCUCAUGGUUGAAGCCUGAAGGGUUGGGGGGAUGGUAUAGGGGAUCUUUAGCAGGUUUGCAAUUCGUAACUCAGGUAACCUGCAAUCUCUCUAACCUUCUACUUACUUCCAUCGCCUUUUUUUUGUCUGUUUCUUUGUUUCAAUCUUCCUUCAUCAGAGUUAGGAGCUUUGAACCAGCCGGACACAUCAGAGCAAAUUGGGGGAUGGUAAAGGGGAUUCAACAGCUGUCACUCCUAACUCAGGACAUUUGGAUGGAACUCUUGAGUAGACAGGUCAUUUUGGGGGUAACUUCUCACAACAAUGAAAGUACUUAUGACCAUUGAUUCUCCAAAAGUAUUAUUCAUCUUUUUUUUUUUUGGUAACACAAAAAUACUAUUCUUGCGUGAAGAAAAACUCAAUCGAUCAAAAUUACUUAGACCUUAAUUGUUCAUUGGGGUUUUGCUGCGGUGGGAAUGAAUAGUGAUGACUUUCCCACACGAGGGAGAAUGCAUGCAUCUUACUACAAUGGGGUGGAAAAUUACUAGAAACCUUGGGCAUGUCAACUACGGUAGGUUAACAACUAUGGUCACUGAUGAUGACCUUAGCUUUAUCUCUACUUGAUGCUUUUCUUCUCUUUUCUUCCAUAAGAAAAGGAGGGCUCGUCAAGUUUUGGCAUUGGCUCAUUGCAAAGGGUUCCCAACACAAUUGUCACUUGUUGCUGCUGAAUCUUUAUCAAUCUUCAUCGGUAAUAAGGUGCCAAGAUAUGAACCAGCAGUUAUAGUGAUUUUGAAGGGAUAUGAUGUUGAACAUCCCACUUUCUCCCCCUUCACCAUCUCCUCAAUGUGAAACAUUCCCACCCAACCAUGUAGCAUUUCAUCACAUUUCGUUUGGUUGGGUAGGGCUGUUUGAGAGAGAUGAUGAUGCUAUGGGGAAGAGGAGGGAUUGGUAAGAGAUGAUGGUUAUUUACGUUUCCUAUUGGAGGCAAUUUGGUCGUCGCUGAAUAUAGGUAGUAAGAGGGUAAAGGAAGGGAGAAUGGAUUGGAAGGGUUUCUUUAUUUCUAUUAACGAGCUUUCAUACGAAAUGCUCUUUUAUUGUUCAAAGAAUUGCAUCUAAUAGUAAUAAAAUGGUGAUGAAGUGCACACAUUUAGGAUCAUUAUUACUUUGACUCUUAUCAUACAAAGUAGAAACUACCUCUUUAUUGUAACUAUGACUAUCCCACUACAAUAAUGAUAAAUGAUUCUCUUUGACCAUUGACGAAGGGAAAGUGAAUCUGAAAAUGAGAGUUUUAUGUCACAAUAAGGGGAUAAUUGUUUUGACUUUGUCUAGUAAGAGGCAGAGUAAUAAUGACCCUAGAUGGGUGUAAUCUCUUAUAUUUAUGGUAAAUUAUUAUUAUUAUUAUUAUUAUUAUUAUUUUUUUUUUUUUUAAUGAGAAUUUUCCCUUUUCCCAUUUGAAUGGCCACCACUGUUAUCUUAUAAUGUUACUCCCUUUGUUGAAGGCAUUGUUUUUAAAGAUGACUGGUGAAGGAAAAUUAGACCUAUUUUUAAUCAAAGAGUUUUUUUUCACUCUCUUCACCCACCAACUUUAUGGCAUUUCUAUGUCUCUUGAGUAGAUUGAGGAAAUUUUGGGACACUUCUCACUGUGAUUGGUUCUCCAUGGGUGAAAACAAAAACUAUCUUUAAUCGAAAUUAUUUAGGCCUUGUUUGUUUGUUGGGAUUUUGAUGGGAUGGGAAUUAACAGUGAUAACUUUCCACAAACAUGGCAAAUUGCACACUUUUGGAUACAGUGGGAUGAAUACUCGGUCAGAAACUCUGGGCAUGGCAAGUGUUCUUGUUAGGUCUGUGUUUUUUCCAUCUCGCUCUUUUAAGGCAUGUGAAAUCAGACUUUCGGCGACAAGGGUUGCCAUACACAAUUUUCACUAGUUGUCGACUCUUUCUCAAUCUUCAUCGAUAAUAAAGAUGCUAUGUUAUGAUCCAAGAAUUGUACUGAUUUCGAAGGGAUGUGAUCUUGAAGAUUCUGCUUUCCCUCCCUGCACUUUAUAACAUUCCCUCCCAACCAAUGGAAAUGGUGGAUGGGAUGUUAUGGUGGUCAUCCUUUCUUUUCUUUUCCAUGUCAUCUCAUCCAAUAACAUGUGGGUUACGCAUGUAAUGGGAUAGGAUAACAAGAGAAGUAAAGUGGAGGAAGAAUCCAUGUAGCAAUCUAUCCCAGUCGUGGGUUGUCCAAAUUGUUAGGGUGAAUUAGAGAUUGUGUGGAUAGGCGUUCGGUCUCAUGUUCGAUUUUUCAUUUAUGCAUCUACGAUUAAAGUGGAGACCGUGGCAAUAGGUUGCGCAAGGACAAAAUUUGCUAUAAUUUGGAAAAUAUGUCUUGCCCUUCUAUCCAAAUGGGCUUGGAUAGGUUUGAACCAUGUUUAUGAAAAAAUGGAAUUGGGAUCAAAUCGGGCAAUGUUGAUUCCAAUUCGAAUCUAAAUCGGCUUGAAUCAGUUUGAUCCAAUCGAUUCAAAGCCAUAUUGGGGUUAGAGUUGGAAUCGAUAGAAAUAAUAGUAAAGAACUGAAAAUAAAAAAAAAUAAAAAAAAAUCCAAAAAAAUGAUAUGUAUAUUUUUUAUUUCUAACCAAAUUAAAGCUUGAAUUUCUAUUUCUAUUUCUUCAUUUUCACAAAUUUUUUAUUUUCCCAAGUAAUUAAAUAUUAGCAUUUUUAUACUCUAACAUGUUUUAUUAUUCAAAAUUUCACGAAUUUGAAGUUGGUUUCUACGUAAAAAUUUUAGAUCCUAGUAAUCUAUAUAAUAUAUCAGAUUUCAUAGUUACAUUCAAAGUAUUAGUAGUUAAAAUUGAAAAACUAACCUCGGAUUGUAUGGGCUUGAUCACCUUAAUGUUGAAGAACUUACAAUUUGAAGCUACCGCCAGAAAUUCUUCUAGGCAUAAUUUUCCCCUCGAUUUGUUUCUAAAUGACUUGAAACAUUGUAUUGUUUGUCAUUUCUUUAUGUAGAACACAUCUAAUGUUGUUAUUUUUGUUUUAUAUCAAUUCUAAGGAUAUCAAGUUCACUUCUAAUCAAGAAUUUUCUCCCUUUCACGUAAGUCAAGUGGGUUUUUAGAUUUUAGCUGUUGAUAUUUCAAAUUUGACCAUAAAAAUUUGAUAUGUUGUAUAAUUUGUUAGAAUCUAUAACCAAACCCUAAACCCUAAAAAAAAAGAAAAAUCUGAUUCGUCAAUUUGAUGGUUUCAAAUAUCUAUAUUGCAUAUCACUCGAUCCGUAUCGAUAUCAACUGUGGCCAAUACUGUAUUGGUGUAACAGUUCAUAGUAAGGGCAAAACUGUCCCAAAAAAACCUGAUUUUAAAACUGUCCUAGAACUAACUGAAGAGUACAUAUUCCUUUUUGGUUUGUGAGGACAUAGAAGAAACAGUCGUUGGUCUUUAGUGGUGGUACUGUGUACUUAGGCAUCCAAUGCGGUUAUCAGUAACUUUCACCCAAUAUUUUAUUCCAUAGCUGGAGGUGGGUGAUCAGAGUCAAGAGGAUCACUGCCCCUUCCUUGUUCUCUCUCUGAACUUCUGACCUUAAAAAUAGAAAUCUUCUCUCUAAUGGCGUAUUCAAAUUUAAUCACACCAUCUCCCCUGUUUUAGUAUGCCCUUCAAUGUAUGUUCAUGCCCCCAUAUUGGACUGUGUGUUCUUUGUAUAGCUUUAAAUUUCUUGAUGCUUUUUUUUGCCACAUGGAUAACUUCAUUUAGAAUGAAACUUGACAUAUAAGUAAGGGUCCUUAGAACCUUUACAAAAAUUCAGUCACACCCAAUCUGCCACGUGGUGAGGUUUUCUUUUGAACCCACAGGACCACCCCAUUGGUUAGAGUAAGGUACAAGUGGAUACGAUUAUACGAGUAUUGAUUCUAGGCAAUGUCCUCAGUUUGAAGCACUGAGAUGCAUAUGAGGAGCCUAGUUUUUUCUACACGAACAUUAAGAAAAAAAUCUCUUCAAUGGGCUCCUAAAUAAGUCACAUGGCAAGUCAAGUGGGGCUGAAAUUUCGUAAAUAAAUAGACCUCGUGAUCCUUUGCUCACUUAGCAAAUUUCAAAUCAACUUGAGUUCGUCAAAUGUAAAUAUAAGGAAUCGAAAUUUUUAAGACUACCAGGAGGGUGCAUAGAAUAUAUGGACAGGGUGUAGGGACAUGCAUGAGAGAGUAUGACAUUAAAAAAUAGAGUAAAUGACUGAAUUUGAUGUUGAAAUUUCACACUUGAUAUUUUUAUCUAUCAAUUAGAAUUGGCACAUCACUCUUUCACAAGGCAAAACUAAGUAUGCCCGUAAAGAAGAUUCUAUUUUGGAUAAUUGUGUGGUAAGUUCUUGCAUUCAACAAUUUUUUUUUUGGAGGGGCUGCAAUUAAGUAUAGAGUUUGAUAGUUAAGCAAAGAGUGAAGAGGCAAGUAGAGCGUGAGGAGUAUGUGGAAAUGAAAAAUUCCCAGCUCUCUAUAGAUUAGGCUCGUAGUCAGACGAGUUGAGCUGCAAGAAGUCUACUCGUAAUCGGUUGAAUUUUUGUUCCUAUUGAAAUGACUGUAGAUUGAUGAGGGGUUGGUUAAUGAUGCUCAAACAUGUACUUGUUUUGAGCGCUUAUUUAUUUUCUAUCGGUAUCUAUGGAUUGUUCACGAGCGAAUAGAUAGAAGCGUUAUGACUUGAUGACUAAGCAUGAUAAUUAGAGACUCCACGGAUUAUAAAAAUUUGUUGCCAUACUUUUUAGGAGAUUUUUUGUGGGGUUCAGGCUUCUACAAAUCCUUUACUAUCAUUCUUCAGGGGAAAGGAUCCAUAUACUAUGGAAUCUUCAUGCCCAACCAAUGGGGGUAUGAGAGGAGGCAUCAUAUGAUUUUUCAAUAAAAAUUAUACAUUUCGGUAAAGAGAAAAUCUCACGAACAGAAAAAAAUGUUAGCAGUUGGUUUAUAGGAGAGGUAUAGGUACACUGCUUGCGUGUGGUAAAUUAAUUGAUAGGUUUUAAAGAAAGAUAAACACAAUGGACACUAGCUUGCGGUAUACCGGUGGUGUGCCCAGCCUUUUCCUAUGGUGCUAUAAUCUUUUUUCCAAUUUAUUUGGACUAAACAUAAUAAAAACCCUUGAAAGAAAAACAGAGACCCUUGUUUACUGUGGGCUGUGGCUCAUUGUCCUGAGUCUCCCGACUCCUGAGAGGCCGGGAGCCUAAGACCGAGAGCAACUGAGCAAGAGAACAUUGCUUGUACAGUACUGUACGGGCAAUAGAGAACCUCUUGGCCUUGGCUCAGCUAGCUAUUUGAAGGAUUUGAAUCUUCUUUGGUUUUCCAAAAGUGAACUAGAUAUGGGUAAUGAAGGAAGAAUGAAGGUCUGCAAGAGGUUGGAAGGAGAACCAUACCCAUCAAAGAACCUCAUCACGGAGAGGAACAGGAGGAACAGAAUCAAAGAAAGGCUCUUCACUCUACGAGCUCUGGUUCCCAAAAUCACUAAGAUGGAUAAAGCAUCAACCCUGGGAGACGCAAUAGAUUACAUAGAGGAAUUACAGGGAACAGUGAAGAUGCUCCAAGAUGAGGUGAAGGAGUUGGAAGACAGUGUACAUCUACAGAUCCCAAACUCAACUGGGCUUGAUGUUCAAGAUAAUGAUCAUUCUCAUGGCACCAUAUCUUCAGCGCCUGCUCACCAAAACCAGGGCUCUUCAAGUGUUAAUGGCAUGGAUAGGCCAACUCAGGUUGAAGUGGAAGUGAAUAAAAUAGGGGCAAAGGAGUUCAAUGUCAGGGUGUGUUGCGAACAGAGGAAAGGUUUGUUUGGUAGGCUAAUGGAAGCCAUGAGUGGGUUAGGUUUUCUGAUAACAGAUGUCAAUGUUGUUACUCUCAGAGGAAAGGUAUCUAGUGUUCUCAAUGCUGAGGCAAACUGUGAGGAAAUUCAAGCACACCAAGUGAGAGAAAUGUUGCUUAAGCUUAGUUUUGAGUGAGUUGAAUCUCUUACUCAGAUCCUUAACAUGUAGAAAUUUGUCAACUUGUAAUAGCUCUGCUCUUUAGGAGAAAGGGUUUGUGACCCAUACUGAAGGUGAUGCCACACCCUUGUGUAGUAAAUGAUAGUAAGCUUUUAAUGAUUUUGUUCACAGGA